AAAUGGGCGGGCCGGGCGGGCAUAGCUGUGGCAGCCACAUCUACCGAACUGCGCUUUUCAAAUGCUGUCUGCGGGGAUCGUUGUGUCGACCGUUGGCCCGUGAGGGGCUUCCUGACAAUCCGCCGGAGGGGUGAGCGUGUGCCCGAGUGGGGCUGCAGCUCCCGGUCAUCGCUGCCGCGGGUGAGGGCCGGCGGAUCCGGUGGGUCGUUGGGAUCGCCGUACCGCCUACUUCACCCGAUAUCGGAUCCGGUCGGUGAAGAGAGUCGGAGCGUACCGCGGACGCCCUGGGCCGGGGCCCGCCCUGGCGCCGGCGGCCCGUCUUGACCGGGUUUCAGCGUGCUUGGGAGCGGGCGGCCCCCGCAGGUGACUGGUAGAAGAGAGAGGUCUUUUCCUAACUAUGGCGAGGAGAAAGUUUGAUAAUAAAAGCCUUUCUGGCUUGUUAGCCACAUCUCUGCAGACACAAAUCAAGAUGGAUAAUUUCCACAAUUUUUAUAUGCUUGAAUCAAAAGAGCUGGGAAGGGGAAGAUGUGGUGUGGUUAGAAAAUGUAUAGCAAAAUCCACAGGCCAAGAGUAUGCAGCUAAAUUUUUAAAGAAAAGAAGAAGAGGUCAAGACUGCAAAGCAGAGAUUCUCCACGAAAUUGCUGUACUUGAAUUAAUGAAAUCUAAUCCUCGCAUAGUUAAUCUCCAUGAAGUCUAUGAAACAGCAAAUGAAAUCAUCUUAGUGUUGGAAUAUGCUGCUGGAGGAGAAAUAUUUGACUUGUGUGUCCCAGAUUUGGAUGACAGAAUUAGUGAAAGAGAUAUUGUAAGACUUAUAAGACAAAUACUUGAAGGACUUUGCUGCUUGCAUGAAAACAACAUUGUUCAUCUUGAUUUAAAGCCUCAAAAUAUUUUGUUAAGCAGCGUCAGUCCUCUUGGUGAUGUAAAAAUUGUAGACUUUGGUAUGUCUCGGAAGCUUGAGCAUGCUAGUGAACUGCGACAGAUCAUGGGAACAACAGAGUAUCUAGCUCCAGAAAUCUUGAACUAUGAACCUAUUACCACAGCUACAGAUAUGUGGAACAUAGGUAUAAUUUCAUACAUGCUGCUAACACAAGAAUCUCCAUUUGUGGGAGCUGAUAAUCAAGAAACUUACCUUAAUAUAUCUCAAGUUAAUGUGGAUUAUUCAGAAGAAACAUUUUCAUCAGUUUCACAGCAUGCCAAAGACUUUAUUCAAAAACUUCUCAUAAAAAAUCCAGAGGAAAGACCCACAGCAGAGGCCUGUCUUUCUCAUUUGUGGCUGCAGCAAGGGGAGUUCAUACUCUGGUGUAGUCCUGAAGAAACAUCUUGCUCUUCUCUGAUGCCAGGACAUACAACAAAAUGCUCAGAAGAGCAGAAUGUAAAAUCCAGUUGUAAUGGUACCUGUAGCAACAAGGAAGAUAAAGAAAACAUUCCAGAGGACAGCAGUACAGUCUCCAAACGUUUCCGUUUUGAUGAUUCAUUGCAGUAUCCCCAAGACUUUACAACAGACUUUGUAUGUUAAUGUGUAAUACAAACUUUUCUAAAAUGAAUUUUAGCAUAAUCUAUUCCAGUGGUGAAUAUAAGAUUAUGGCUUGCCAAUUCAUGCAGAAUUGGCAUACUGGUAAUGCACUUUGUUUCUUUUAUGCUGGUGCUUCCUUUUCAUAUCCAUUGCUGGCAAUGGAUGUAACUUCUGAGAAAAUGGAGUUGUUGCACCAAUAAAAUGAAUUUUUUUUUAAAGAAGAUAGAAUUAAAUAUUUUUGCACUUUUCAAGUUUCAGUCCAAAAAUGAUGCCAGAGUGAACUAACUAAAACCUGAAAAUGAGUUUUUAAAUAUGCGAGCUUUGCCAAACAGUAGUUGAACACCUACACGCCUUUAUGACUAGCUUUAACAAGAAAUUGGUUUAAGGAGGGAAAAUGAACCUAGCUUCCUACUGGGCUUGGUAUGACCAUUCCCAUCACUUAAAAUGAAAGCUAAAGGUGGUGUAUUUUGGAAAUACAAAUCUGUUGGGGCCAUCUGGAAAACUGUUUUCUCUCUAGGAUCAUGAGUUAUGUAAAUGUUUCCAAUUUGUAGAUCUGGUCUAGUUGCUUUCCUUCCUUGGAGGUCUUCAAGACCCACCUGGACAUGUUCCUAUGGGACCUGAUCUAGGUGAACCUGCUUCCACAGAGGGAUUGGACUAGAUCAUCUCUAAAGGUCCCUUCCAACCCCUAUCAUUCUGUGAUUCUAUGAUCUCUGCAGUGCUUGAAUGGAAAACGGGUAUUCAGUCCUUGUGCCAGUGGUCCUUGGCUUCCUGUCAAUAAGUUAUAUUUGAAGAGAAUGAGGAUCCCACACUGAUGUGAAUAUUUGAUAGACUUGUUAGUUUGCUCUCGUAAAACCACUGAAGUAGUAUUGUCCUAUUUCUCUUAAAAAAAAAAAUCCCAAAUCAGAAAAAAACCUCAAACAAGCAACCCCCUCACAAAAAAAAUCUCAGAAAGUCUCUUUAGAAUUAAAAGUAGUAAUGGAAUAAACUGAAAAUAACUAUUUUUUUUGCCAGUGAAGCUGCAAUGUAAAGCUUUUCCUUACGCCCCUCAUGUAGAAGUGCAGUGCAUCAUUAUGUUAAUUAUUGUUAUCCAAAAUAACUUAGCUUUGUGCCUGCCCUGAGAAGUAGACUGCAGUGUUCCAGUAUUGAAAGACAAACUACCUAAUAAUUGAAAAGCCUUUAAAUACCAUUUAUAUAGUAGGGGUUUUUUAAAGUAUAUCUCUUCCACUUCUGGGCUCUGUGAGGAAUUUGCUCUGUGUUUUGACUUACAGCAAAUACCAAUCAUACCUUAACAGCCUAAAACUAAUACUGACAAGAUAAAAUCCUAAUCCUAACACUGAGGCUGAAAGUCUUUGUGUGUGUAGGGAAUGUAUUAAAACUCUUAAAAAUAUUGUGAGAGUAAAUAGCACUUUAAAAUACUUUUGGGAUUUUCCGCUCCUCUGAGCUUAGACUUAAUUGUCUUUGAUUUGUAGAAUAAAAUCACAAUCUGAUAACCUUUUCAGAUAUACCUGUAGAUUUGUCAGUAGGUAGAUUAAGGUUUUGGAAUGGUGAAAGGUUGUAUUUUAUCUUUCACAUGAAGAAUGAACAGAUUUUUUUUACAAACAGGCUUCAUUGUAAUGCAUGGGGAAAUUCAGGACUGUUGUCUUUACUUUGGGUGACAGUCAUGUCAACAAGUGAGAAGUCUACUGAGGUGUAAGGCCUGUAAGACUUUCAACUUAUGUUUUUCAGAAGAAGUAAUGGUUUUCAAGACUUAAAUUUAAUGUGAAAUGAAGUAAUGAAUAUAUUUAGCACAAAUGAAGCUCAGAUGCCAAUGUAUAAAUGAAAGACACCAAGUUUCCUCUAUGUAUUAAUUCUCACAUAACUUCUUUCAGUGCUAGUGAUUUUUUAUAUAUAUAUAUAUAUAUAUAUAUAUAUAUAUAAUCGCUAAUUAAAAGAUCACUUUGCCAGAGGCAGUUGUUAGGUUGUGUUCAAGUACCUUAUACCUUUACUUUUGAAAGUCCCUGUUUUUUCCCAGUUGGAGUCUUACCUAACCUUGUAGUUUUUCCACCAGCAUGGAUUAAAUUUGAAUUGGGUUAUUAGAAAUACAAACUUUUAUACAUACUCAAGUGUUAAAGUUCACUUACGACAAAGAAGAAUGUUAAAAUGCUGUAACAAGUAAAGGUAGAAAAGAAUGUUUAUAAAAUUGUUACUUUUUAAAAUCCUGUAAAAAGGUUACUGAACUGAAAUUACAACUGGGAAACUUCUGAAAGUCUUCAUACAUUAGUAUUCUGGUUUUAAAAGCUGGAAAAUAAAGCUGAAAGUAUAUGCCAGCACUUUAUGACAAAGUGAUUAUUCCUUAAGAUUUUUAUUAUGGGAUCUGUUGUUUACAUUUCGUAUUACUUU